GACGAAUACAACCUAGUAGGCCCCUACAGUAGUACCGGGAAAAUCAUAUAACGCCGCGGUGCCAGUGACAGUGCAUGUUUCGUUUCGUCAUAAGAUUGAGGGCAGACCACCACCACUACCACCAGUAUUAGUACCGGCAUUACAGUAUAAGGGCGUGGUCGUCCAGAGCCAUUUCAAAAGACUUUUACAUUACUACUGGAAGCUACGGUGCUGUAGCUACCGGGUACUAGUAUUUGACACGAUACUUGUUGGUUGUGGUUGUACUUUUUAUCUUUCCAUGUCUUCAGCUGUCUUGCAGCAUCGAGUCUCGAUCCAUUCAACUUGUGUCGCCCUACCACGCCGUCAAGUCCAAGGUCAACAGAUCAUCAGAGGAUACAUGCGAAACAGUUUGCAAAUCUCUCAAUCCAUUAGAAGCAGCAGAGAAUAUUCAUCUCGACUACUCCCUACUGUUAGUAACAUUCCCCGACGACAUUUCACAUCGACCGCCGUCACAAUGAAGUUCCCAACUCCAUCGCUCGACCCGCCGAAACAUGAAAUGGCGUAUUUCCCACAAAUGACCACCUCGCUGCCCAGUGAGUCGGGGGAUUUUCGUCGCGUCUUGUGGACGGGUCUGUAUAGUCAGUUGGUGUUGAUGACUGUGCCUGUGGGCGGGGAGAUUGGUGAUGAGAAACAUACAGUCGACCAGAUCCUAACAUUCACAUCUGGCCAAGGCAAAGCGACCAUCGCCGGCGUCGACCAGGAUGUGAAAGCAGGCGACCUGAUUAUCGUCCCUGCAGGGACGCAGCAUCAAUUCAUCAACACCGGUCCCACGCCGCUGAUUUUGUAUACCGUGUAUUCGCCCGCUGAACACAAGCCCACGUCGGUACAUAAGGAUAAAGCGCAGGGUGACCGCGAAGAGGAAGAAGGGAUCGAUGUCCCGCCUGAGUGGAGCCAGCGGAGUAAGAAGGAGAAUGAGGAUCUGGGGCUGGUUGAUCCGGAGGGUCAUUGAUGGAAGAAGAACAGUGGACAGCACUGGCCUUCGCUUGGGUUCGUCCCAUUCGGUCGGUCGGUCGUUGGAAAAAGAUAACGGCUGGACCGUCUUGUCGGACGGGACACAUGGAUCGAGCGGGAACCCGAGUGCCGGUAAACAUGAACACUGGAAGGCUCAUGCCAUGUCCGUACACUGGUAGUAGUGUAGAAUGAAGAUAUGGAUCGAAAAGAGCGUGUAACUUCAGUUGUGCAAAUAAGUGGCGCCCGACCCGUCGCCUGCCACGACUUGGACUUUUUCUCCUCAACUCCAUCCGUUUCGGUACUUUUUUUUUUCUCACAUCGUCAUCUCACAUCGUCA